CAGUUUUGGCUUUCGCCGCCAAACUCCCACCCUCGAAAACCCUCCGCAUAGCCCAAUUCCCGCCCUACCCCCAAAUUGGGAAACCGGUCCUCCUCUUUUUGGAUGAUCCCCGAUCUCCUACCAGCUGCGACUGGUUCCAAGGGAGAGAGCCAAGCCAGGAAAAUCACAUCUUCAGAGGGCAGUUUGACCCAACCGCUGGAAUCCAUAGGAUCAACCGCACAGGACCAGCCUACACAGGACAGGAAGAUUUGGCGAGACGAUGCGCCUUAAUCGUCCGAAAGAUACAGGCCGCUGAUGCUGGCCCUUACAGCGUCUCCGUGAUGGGACUGGACGGAAGUCAUCCCGUAACUGCCGUGAGAAACUUGCAGGUUCCUU